AUGGACGAGCACUUCCAUGCCUUCCAAUCGAAAUAUCAUGGGCCCCUGAGUCUGGUUGAGCCUUGGAGAAAGAAAGACGAUUUGACUCAGUUGUCUGAUUCUGACUCUGGUAAACAAGAAACAGGUGGCAAACGCGUCGAAAUGGCCAUGAUCACGCCCACGGUCACAAACAUUGUGACGUCGGCCGUUCUGUUUCCCUCUCAUCAGUUGAUGCCUGCUACUGACUUCACAAAUUCGCUGUUGUUGAAUGCCCUUGUCCGACUGCCCGACUGCCGAUGGUAUACCACAGUCCUUACAAGUUGCCCCACGUUCUGCGCCUCAUCGCAUAAAGGGGUCCUCGCAUCCCUGCUCGCUUUGAUACGGGCAAAGCCUCACUGCAUGAGCCUCCCCCAUAAGGGCGAUCCUGAGUUUGCUUUCUUGAUUAUUUUGUCUUUGAUCUCGAUACUCCGCGUACCUUUCCAGGUAUUGGGCUGGAUACCCAAGCCGGUAGCUUCUCGUGUAACUCUAGAAAAGCAACAGAUCAAGCUCGGCGCCACAAUGGCAUGCCGCCAACUCCCGAUCCUGACGCCUUCCCGCUCCUGUUCGACACAAAUUAUUAUCGUAUUCGUCCCAUAUUCGGACGCCGUGUCUGCGGACCCCCGCGAGUCACUGACCACCCAGCUCUUCUUCGUCCCUUGGCACGGCAAAUUAUCGGCCAUCGUGGGACAACCUCAUCGAAAACCGACCUCGAACUUGGGGCGGCAGGUGGAAUGGCCCGGCCGGUUGAACUGGUUCCCCUGAGCGGUUCGUCCGACCUUGCGUGGAGGGGCAAAAUCAUGCCGUGACCCGGGAACAGGCAUCCCCCGGUUCAAGACUCUAUACCUUUUCAAAGCCA